AUGACCCCGUUGUCCUCUCUUGCCCUUUCCCCCAUACUCGUCUGUACUCGUUGUUCCGUCCCCGCCUUUCGUCCUCGUGCCCCGUCGUUGUACGAUCCCCCCUUUUCCCCACAGCCCAAGGCCGCCAAGUCCGCUCCCGGCAAGAAGCCCGCCUCCGCCCCUUACUCGAAGAGCAAGGCUGGCAGCAAGGCCGCCAAGAACCCCCUCUUCGAGUCGCGCCCCAAGCACUUUGGCAUUGGCCAGGAUGUCCAGCCCAAGCGUGACCUGACCCGCUUUGUCAAGUGGCCCGAAUACGUCCGCCUGCAGCGCCAGAGGGUCAUCCUCAACCAGCGCCUGAAGGUUCCCCCGGCGAUUGCCCAGUUCUCCAACACGCUGGACAAGAACACGGCCACCAACCUCUUCAAGCUGUUCAACAAGUACCGCCCCGAGUCGAAGCAGGAGAAGAAGGCGCGCCUCGACGCCGUCGCCAAGGACGUCGCCGACGGCAAGAAGGCCGACCCCAAGGCCGACGGCAAGAAGCCCCUGUUUGUCAAGUACGGCCUCAACCACGUCGUCGCCCUCGUCGAGGCCAAGAAGGCCGCCCUCGUCGUCAUCGCCGCCGACGUUGACCCGAUUGAGCUCGUCGUCUUCCUGCCCGCCCUCUGCCGCAAGAUGGGCGUGCCGUACGUCAUUGUGCGCUCCAAGUCGUCGCUCGGCACCCUCGUCCACAAGAAGACGGCCGCCGUCGCGUGCAUCGAGGAGGUCCGCUCCGAGGACCAGCGCGAGCUCGCCAACCUCGUCUCGGCCGCCAAGGCCAACUACCUCGAGAACAACGACGCCCGCCGCACCUGGGGCGGAGGCAUCCGCGGCAACAAGUCGACGGCCAAGCUCGCCAAGCGCGCCAAGGCCUCGGGCCAGUCGGUCAAGGUCGAGGCCCUCAAGCAGAUCUAA